UCUACACAAGUUAGUUUUCCCAAGAAAUUUUUCUGGCCAAAAGAUAAAAGAAUUUUCCAUUCUUCAUUGCAUUUCCUCUCUACAAACUCAUAAAGAAAACAGAGUCGUGUGACUUCUCUCCGAUCGUUGCGUUCGUUGGAUUCUGGUGUUUCAAGUACCGGUAAGCCAGAAAAGGUACGUCCGUUCUAUCCUGGGAGGAAUAGUUCCAAUAACCUUGGGUACCGUAGAGGGGAACUAAAUUCCUUAAGGAGAAAUAGUGAAUUCUAUUGGCUCGGGCGUUGUUUAUGAAUGUGUCGAUUUCUAUAUAUGUCUUGUGUGGCAAGAAACGUACUUUUGUGAAACGUUUUUUUUCUUCCAUAACAUUAACAUCUCCACAUCUCUAAAUCUAUCCAAUGUCUCCCAAAGGAUCUGAGGACGAAUCUAGAUUCAUUCUCGGCAAGGUUGUCAACCCGCCGGUUGACCCGGACCCGGUUGAGCUAGUGGUUUAAGGGUUAAUGGGUCACCCGUUUUAGCCCGGUUUAGCCUGGAAAUAUGGAAAGCGUUACUACAUUGUACUUAUCCUGAUAAAUUAUAUCAAAUCUCAUCUAACAUAUGAGUUAUAACAUAUAAUAUUGCACCAAAAUAACAUUUCGUACUUAGAUUCAACAUAUAGUGAAAAUUCACACACACUUAUAUAACAUUAAUAUUCAAAUGUUCAACUUAGGAUUCCAAAGAUUGAGUUAGGCGAAGAGAAAAAUCAGAAAAUAGGCGCAUUUCGCAAAACAAAGAAAAAAAUGGCAUAAUUUGACCUCCAACCCGGUACCUUAUAGCGGUCGACCCUGCGGAUGCGUGCGGCCCGUUUUUCUCACCGGGUCAGGGUCAAUGUGGGUCAACCCGCGGGUUGACAACCUUGAUUCUCGGUGAUGAUCGACGCGAGGCCCAAUUCACUGACAUAAGUGGGCCAGUUAGGUUCAGGUCCAAUCUCUUAAUCAUUCUGAUUUUGUUAUGGGCUUAAGAAGUCAGGCCUUCGUAGAAAUAACAAUCGUGUUAAGGCAGUCUAAAUCAAUUGCUUCUCCUUUUUGCCGGUAACCCCGAUACCCUUUUCUCUCAGUUUCACCUUCCCCUCGGUCCUCCUGCUGCUUAAACCCUAGACCUCGCCGACGAAGGAAACUAACCGAAGUGACCAAUUUCAAAGAAAUUUCAGUAUGUCGAACAGAGAAGAUUCCGAUUCGGAAUCAGACGCACCGGAGGAGUUCACCGCCGAGCAGGGAAUUGAAUUAGAUGCGGAGAUAAGGAAGAUUCAGAAGGAUAAUAAGUCAAGGGUUGCUCGUGAGGGGAAGGCACUAAGGAGAAAAUGGGCAGAGCGGAAAACACCACGACCAUCCAAAAAGGGAGAACAAGGCGUCCAAGAUUCAGUCGAAACCGAAGAGGAUGAGGAGUCUGUGGCUGCGAAAGGGAUGCUUCCCAGUAACAUUGUUCAACAGCUUGCUGCUCGGGAGAAGAAAGUGUUUACCACAGAAUCUGAUGAUGAAAGCCCUGGUGCAAAUGCGAAGCUUCCUCCAAGGAAGAAGAAGGCGAGAGGCUCAGGGCCGCAGACUGUUAUUCUGAAUGAGAUAUCCCCACCACCAUGUUUACAGAACUCGUUAGAGUUUCUAAAGAAGAACAAGAUGCGGCUUUCAAGAUCAUCAGCUGUUCUUAACAACUCCAACCAAGCUCUUCGCUUUAUCUCCUCAUCUGGCUUGUUAAGUAAGAAGUGAGAACAAAUUGCGGCUUCAGCUUCUUCUCCAUCGGUGCCAUUUCCCACCCUGCUUAGAGUGAGUUGAAGGGCAAUCCAUUCAACUAUCUGGUUUCUGGGAAGUGUUGUAUCAACCAAGCUAGUGUAUCAUCUUGGAGGCCCUUUGCUCCCAGCCAUGUUGACCAGGUUACUGCUUGUUUCGCUAAGACAAUCAAUCUAGUAUGCGUAGUCCACGAAUUAGUGAAGAAGUUUUAGGGUCCUGUUGGCUAUUUUCAGGUAUACUAACAGGAAAUUUUGUCACUUGCUACUGGUGGUGCAUCAGUUAGAAAAGCUUUGCUGUUGGAAUGUAUGCGAAUGUGAAGUUCAAAUUGUAAUGAAAGGGAAAUUGAACG